UUCAAAUAAACUAAAUUAAAUCGACGUACAGAAUAUGUACAAUCAUAGAAAAAAUAAAUUACGUAAAUAUUAACUUUUACAACAAUUAACAAAUAACCACGACUAAAGAUAUACUAUUAAGAAUAGUGAUAUCACAUUGCCUAUUGAUAAGACCGACGGUCCAAAACACAAACUAUAGAUUGAACUCAAAAAUCAAUUUUUACAAACAUUUUUUCUACCAUGAACUCUUGGUUCUUGUUUUUUACAAAGGAAUUCGUUAUGGAAUGAACUGUGAUAACAGUUUGUUUUGUACCUUCGAACUAAGAUCGCGUGGUUUAGAAACGCAUGUCUAUUGUCUAAACAACAACAAUUACAGAGGCCCAGUUUUGUUACGGACAUUUUUUGGUGGAGGAAAUCAUUGGAUUGUGCCUACAACUCGCCUGAACCGAUUUGAAAUGUUGUGCCUAAACAAUGAUAGCAAAAUACAAAUGAGGCUAAAUAUUCAACGACAUCGACAAAAACUUCUUCAGUAUUUACAGAAUUCUAAUGAUACUUUUUUAAAACCUAAAAUCAAAUUAGUUUCAAAUAGUUUAGAAAGAAUUAAUUCAAAUCACAAAAUAAAACCAAAAAUUGCUCGAAGUACUGAAUUACUAAACAGGAAACUUGAACCAACCAAGAAUAGAAACCAUAAAACUAGAUCAACUGAUACCUUAAAUCAACUUCAACCAAACAUUAAAGUAAAUGUACAAGCCGAACUGCCUUUAUCAAAUAUUGAGUUGAAACAAAAAUCUAUAUCAAACAAUGAAAUAAUAGAUCCUCCUGAACCUAUCAUAAAAAAACUUAAAGAGCAAUUGAUUGAAGAGUUAUAUAACAGUAGUUCAGAAUCAGAAGAUAUUGAUGAUAACAUAUCUGUUGGAAGUAAUGAAGAUUGGAGUGAAAUUUUUCAAACAGAUAAUAAGAGCAAUGUAUACAACAAUGUCAGUAGCAAUUCAAUCCAUGAUGUAGCAGUUAAAUAUUAUGAACAAAAACAACUGGUCAAUGAAAAAAGUAAAGAACAAUAUUCGUAUUACCUGAACACCAGAAAGAAAAAUCAGACCAUAAAAUCUCAACAUAAAAGUAAUGACUCUGAUCAGAAGUUUAGAAAACCCCAAGAUAGGUCUUUACAUAAUGCCAAAGAACGAGCAUGUAGAGAAGAAAUAGCCAAAAAAUUUGAUAUUCUAAGAAAAUCUUGUAGUUACUUGAACUCAAAUAGACGUGUGCCAUCAAAACAUAGCAUACUUUUAGCUGCAAAAAAAGAAUGCGACUUGUUAAAACACUUUCAAAAUAAAUUGAUUGCAGAAAAAAAUAUAUUACGUAAAGCAAAUGAUCUUCUAAAGGAGAGGAUAGCUAAUAUCAAUAAUAAAAACUCAAAAGACGACAUAAAAAUAGAAUUAGAGAUUUAGACUGAUUAUGUAUUGCUGGACAAACCAGGGAAAUAUUGUGGUAAUUUUGUAAAUUUAUAAAUUAAACACAAUGUAU